AAAAAAGUCAGAGUUCGAGAAUAGAACAAUCUAAUGCCGCGUUGAAUUGGUCAACGAUUUGCACAGACAUAAGGUUCAGAUCUUUUUAUAUUCCCCCUUCGUCCAUUGGAGAACACCAACAGGGUCGAUCCAAUCCCAUAUCACUGCAAAAAACCAGCAUCCUCCAUUCUUCCCAUUUUCAUCUCCAAUCCGAAUUCCUCCACCUAAGUUCGCUAGAUCCGUUGAAGUUCUCUCCGUGUCGAAUUUUCAGCUAACAUGGGCAUAACUCGAUACCACCACACGUUCCGGGCGCAGGUGACCCCGGCCAGGAUGUUCAAGGCCUUGAUCCUCGACUCGCACAACCUCUGUCCCAAGCUCAUGUUCUCGUCCAUCAAGAACAUCGAGUUCAUCGAAGGAGAUGGUGAGGUCGGGAGCGUCAAGCAGGUCAACUUCACCGAAGCCAGUCCGUUGAGGUACAUGAAGCACCGGAUCGACGCGCUCGACAAGGACAAGCUCACCUGCAAGUACACCCUGAUCGAGGCCGAACCGCUGAUGGAGAAGCUCGAGUACGUGACCUACGAGGUCAAGUUCGAGCCGUUCGGCUUCACCGGGUGCAUCUGCAAGCUGAGCAGCGAGUACAAAGCCAAGGAGGGGAUAGAGAUCAAGGAGGCGGACAUAGAGCAUGGGAAGGACAGGGCGAUUGGGAUGUAUGAAGUUGUGGAGGCCUAUCUCAUGGCACACCCACAUGCCUACGCUUGAAAAAAGAUCGGAUUUUUUGUUUUCUCCCCUUUGUUUGUUCAGGAAGCAUGACAUAAAAUGGUCUCUUUCUGAGCAGUUCUUUAAGCAGAUCUGGGUUUGUUUGUUCAUCGAUGGUGUUCUUGUUCAUGAGGAGAACUCGGAGUUGCCGUGUGAACUGAGGUUUGAUGAAUCUGGGUUCAGUAUAAUAAGUCAUCUGACCACGAAUUUUCUCUGCAAUUACUCAAGUUUUCAUCAAAA